AUGGUUUACCAAAGCAAGUACGAAUGUCAGCAAUUGAACGGAAGUCUCGUUUUCUACUGCGAGAUUGAAUCUUACGCGAAAAAAGAACCUAUUACAGGCAAAGCUAAUCUAAUUCAAGACCAGUCAAUUAGUUGCAGUGAUCAGCUGAUUAACCAACUUGAAAAUUUGUUCGAAAACAUCAAGUACGCUGACGUCACUCUGAACGUCGGUGCUCAAAAAUUUCAAGCACACAAAAGUAUUUUGGCGUCAAGAAGCAAAGUCUUUGCAGCCAUGUUCGAACACCCGACCAAGGAGAAGCUGUCCAAUCAAGUGGAAAUUGAAGACAUCAAUCCGGAUGUAUUUCACGAGUUGCUACGUUUCGUGUACACUGCCCGUUUGUCGUCAAAGACCAUGGAGAAAAUGGCAACUCAACUUUACUUCGCAGCAGACAAAUACUUCUUGGAUCAGCUGAAGACCGAGUGUGAAGUCCAUUUGCUUCAUCAUAUGACUCCCGACAAUUGCAUGGAUUUGCUGCUUCUACUCGGCAAUGAACACCAACUGGUGGAUGAUUUGAAGAAUGAAGCCGUCGAUUUCUUUCGUCAUAAUCCAGUUGAAGUUAUGGCUACUGAUGGAUGGAAAAAGGCGAAAAAAGAUCACCCGAAGUUGUUGUGCGACAUUCAAGAAAUGGCCCUCCGCCCUGCUGUUUAA